AUGUCUUCGCAAAAUGCAAAGAAAAAGCGACUUGGGUCACGACGAGUGGCACAAAGCCAAAAUGAAGUACCUAAGGCUGAUGAGUACCACUUAACAGAAGCUUCCUCUGUGGCACAAGGCUACGCAGCAGACGAAAGUACUGAAUCUUUAAAUGUUUUAUCCAGCCGAGAGGAUUCUAAACCAGAAACUCGACAUCCACCUUCAGCAGAGGUCACAUUUAACCGGAGAAAAAUUGGGUCUAAUCGGCGCAGUAAAGGAAAGCAGUUGGUAAAUGAUUUAGAAACUGAACCUUACCGCAACCCUGGAAAGGAACUUGAGGAAAAAAGCAGGGGUAAUGAAACCUUUGAAACAAUACAAACGCCACGGGCAGUGGAACUUAAGCAGCAGGAAGAAUUCGGUCAAGGAAGUGAUCAUGUGUCUGCACUAGCUAAGGACUGUUCAGAAAGUACACAUGAUAAAAAUUCUGAGGGUGAAAUGGAAAUGUUAACUCCUGAAAUCAAUCUGCAAGAGUGCAACCCUUGUAGAAAUGAAAUCAAGCUUGAAGAGAUUGACAAAUCUGACACGCAAAGUGAAGAAAUCAAAGAAAACAUGCAUCCUGUGGCUCAACAGUCAUCCAGUGACGUGCCAGAUGAGGAGCCUUCAACUGCGUAUUCUGUAGCAGAAAUACAAAGUACAGAAAGCGAUGACAAGAAGAUGCUCAGGCAGGAUGGAAGGUUACAGGGUAACAACUUGGUAAAUGAGUCACAUGUAGAAUUUGAAGCUUUAGAGGCAGUCACACCAAACAUAACCACAGAUAAAAACAGCCCGGAACAAAAUAUUGAAGUCGUGUGCAGUGCUGAGCAGGAAACAUUUUCAUCAUCAAAAGAGAAGUUGACUGCAAAUGAGGAUCCUUGUAGCUUAUCUGAAGUUAGAGAAGCAUGGCAAUCAGAAAGUGCUAUGAAUAAAAUACAUGAAGUGAACAUUAAGCCCAUAGAAAUACAGGACAUGUACCAAAAUCAGUACUCCUUUAAAAUUCAGGGUAGUGAUGUCACGGAAAAUGCUGUUACUUACUCUGAAAAACCAGAAGACCAAACUGAGAUGGAUACUCACUCAUCUGACAUGAAAGUAAAAAACAAUGUAUUUCACACAGAGCAGGAACAUCUGAAUGAAAAACAAUAUGCAUAUCCUACAAAUAACAGACAUCGGGAGAGCUUACAGGACGAAAAUGAGGAUAUUCAGAUGUAUGAUUCCAAGCAACAAGUGAUCACUGACAUAGCAGUUAGUCGGUUGGUAGCCACUGAAAUCAGCAAUGCUAACAAGUCUGUUGAUGAUUCUGUGUCAAAUAAUUACAAACAAAGUGAGCAUCAAAGAAAAGAAGGACAUUUAGAAACUCUAAAUGAGGAGAAUGAGGACAGUGAUGUUGAUAUGAGAAAUGGUUCAGUACAAACUAUACCAUCUGAAGUAAAUACUCUUUUGGAAUCCCAACUUGAAAGCAAUAAUGUGACUUCAAGUGAGCAAACCCAUACUGUCGAUGACUCCAUUGGGAAAAGAAGAAAAAUGGGAUCCACUCAAAAGAGUAAAGGAAGACAGUUGACAAUUGGUGAUGAAACCCCUGAAACAACAGAAAUGUCAGAAACAGAGGCUACAAGACCUGAAGAAUUACUGCAAAGAAAAGAGCAUGAUGUUUCUCUGUCUGUGCCACAUGACAGCUCCAUUUUUACAGUGUCUACACCUGCUUAUUUUCCUGAGGUCCAGAACCCAACAGCAACAAGCCAUCUUAAGAUUAGCUUGAACAGUUUCAUUCCUCAAAGUGAAAACCUUCACGAAAAUCAAGAUGAGCAAGAUUUUAAAGUGGUUUCAGAUAAACCAUUGGAAUCUGGGAUGGAAGAAGUGGAUGAAUCUGAAACUGCUCUGCGUGAAGAGGUCAAAGAUGCCAAUCACUCAGAUGAAACUGUCAGGAAAAUGCAUGAAGAUGAGGUUGAAAGAACAGAAAUUCAAGAAGUGCUGCAGAAUGAUUUCUCAUCUGAAAAUGUGAUUGAUGAUGCCACAGAAAACUCUUCCUUUACUUCUGGAGACUUAGGCCAAACUGAAAAUAGCAACACAUACCAGUUUCAAGUGAUGGUGCAGAGUCCUGAUGAAUCUGUAACCAAAGUGGAAGUUUCAACUCCUGAUGACAAACAACCUGAGCAGCACUUUGUGACUCAAGAAAACGAGGAAGGUGACAUUUCAGACAGCAAAGGUGGUGGAGUCUCUCCACAAUCUCCAACCUCAUUAGCAACUCCACCUUUUGAGUCCCAACUUCAGGACAAUACUGUGAGCACAGAUAAGCAAUCUCAUGCGGUCACAGAAUCCAGGGGAAACAGAAGAAAAAUGGGAUCCACUCGUAGAAAUAAAGGAAGACAGCGUGAUAAGGAAUUUAAAGAUGAAGAUGCAAUUGGUGAUGAAACCCCUGAAACAACAGAAAUGUCAGAAACAGAGGCUACAAGACCUGAAGAAUUACUGCAAAGAAACGAGCGUGACGUUUGUCUGUCUGUGCCACAUGACACCUCCAUGUUUAAAGUGUCUACACCUGCUUAUUCUCCUGACAUACAGAGCCCAACUGCAAAGAGUUAUUCUGAGAUUAGCCUGGACAGUUUAAUUUCUGAAAGUGAAAACCUUAAGGAAGAUAAAAAUCAGACAACCUUUAAUGUGAUUUCAGAUAAACCAUUGGAAUCUGUGAUGGAAGAAGUGGUUAAAUCUGAAACUGCUCUGACUGAAGAAGUCAAAGAUCCUCAUCACCCUGAUGGCAACCAAGCUAAACAGCACUUUGUGACUCAGGAAAUCAAGGGAGGUGAUGUUCCAAAAACUAAAGACAGCGGAGUCCCUCUACAAACUCGACUCUCAUUAACAACUCCACCUUUUGAGUCCCAACUUCAGGACAAUACUGUGAGCACAGAUAAGCAAACCCAUACUGUCACCGAAUCCAGGGGAAAUAGAAGAAAAAUGGGAUCCACUCGCAGAAUAAAAGGAAGACAGCGUGAUAAGGAAUUUAAAGAAGAAGAUGCAAUUGAUAAUGAAACCCCUGAAACAACAGAAAUUUCAGCAACAGAGGCUACAAGACCUGAAGAAUUACUGCAGGAAAACAAGCAUGAUGUUUCUCUGUCUGUGCCACAUCAUGAAAAGUCCUUUAAAAAUCAAAAUGACGGAGAUACUAAAGUGAUUAAUGAUAAACCAGUGCAGGCUGGGAUGGAAGAAGUCAAAAAAGAUCAGCACAUAAAACUUUUAGGGCAGGAUGGAAAUUUACCCAGCAAUAUUUUGUUAAGUGGAACAACAGAUUGUACCAUUGCAGUUGAGAUAACAACUGACCAAACCAGCCCAAGAGAAAGCACUGAAGUUGAAUGCAGUGUUGCACAAGAAACAUUUUUAGCAUCUCAAAAUGUGUUGACUACAAAUAGGGAACAACAUGAGCAUUGCAACCCAAUUGAGGUCACCAAAGCUAAGCAGUCAGAGGGUGCAUUAAUGCAUCAGACUGACUGCAGCGCAAGUACAGAGAGUCACCAAACAUCCUUAUCUGAAACAAAUAUCUCUUUGGACUUCCACCAUCAGGAUAAUUCUCAGGACAUUACAGAAAUUCACACACGCCUCAGCCAUACAGGGAAUAGAAAGAAAAUGGGUUCAAGCCAAAGAAAUAAAGGAAGACAGGGUGUCAAGGACCCUGAUGCAUACCAGGAACCUAAAGAUGACAUUUUAGAAAAACCCACAAGUAAUGACAAACUCAGAACAAUUGACAUGUCACCAGCAACAGAUAUAACAAAGGAGGAAGAAGAAAAAGACCUCAUAUCCAUUGACAAAGAAGUGCAGAUUAGCUCAACAGCAAAAGAAGGCAAAAAUAAAGAAAAGUUGUUGGAGGAAUAUGCAUUUUUCUCACAGAAUAAUAUGGAUAGCAAUACAGAUGGACUUCUCAAAUCUAACAAAGAUUUCAAUGAGGAAAAUAAAGUUGUUCAAGAUGCUAUGAAUUUAGAUCAGCUUACAGGAUGUGACACAAUUACAAAGCACCUGAUGCAAUCACCACAAGCCUCAGUUUGUGAAAUUCCCUCAGACAUGCAGCAUACCUCAUAUCAUGCUGGCAUCGAAGGCUCUAGCUCUCUGAAGGUGCUUGAUAAAGAAGAAGCAUUGGAGGCAAUGGAUGCAAGCAACGGCCAGCAAGAACAAACUCAAUCAGGUAACAGAAAUACUUUCCAAAUAAAUCCACAACAGAAGAAGAGAAAGAUAGGUUCUUCUCGCAGGAGUCAACUCAACAGAAAAAAAGAGGAAGAAACAGACAACACAGAUGAAACCAAGGAAAGUGACUUUCACACCGAAGCUGACGUGAGGAAUACUGACAAGUUGGACGUGGUAGAGUUACCGUUAACUACAGAUAUACCACAAAAUGAAACUGCACAACCGUUAUUCUCUGCUGUUCAUAAACAACAGGAAGCUGCUGAAACCUUUUCUGUACCAAGCAGUACAGAGAUCAAUGUGAUACCAGUAGUAGAAGAUUUUAAGGCCCCUCUUCCUGAACAGUUUUCCUCUCUCCGUGAAGAAACUAUCAGUCUGGUUACACACGUUAUCACAGGUGGUGUAAGAGAAGUUAUUGUGGAGCCGCCACAGCUAGACAAUUUUACAAACACUGAGACACAAAUAACCACUGUGGUCACGGGUAGAAGCAGACGCUCCAUAAAUCAGCUGCUGCCCCCAAAUACCGAGGCUGCCACAGACACUGGCAUAGCAGAAGAGAGCUUAGUGUCUUUUGGUGAGGCCAGGCAAAAUACACAUAGCGAUGAGGAAAGGCCAGAGAGCAUAAAAGAAGUACAAGAUCAAGAUGCUAGUGAGAAAAAUCCAAGCAACUUGAAUGAAGGAGCUCAUAAUAAAACUCAAGAGAUGAGGAGUGAAAGUCCAAAUUUACAUUUGAGCAACCAGAGAAGAAAGAUGGGCUCCACCCGCAGGAAUCUUGGAUCCAGAAACAAAGAAGAGCUCCAUCAAAAACAGGAGGUGGAUAACGAAGCAAAGGAGACUGGAGCAGACAUCGGGGAAACUGAAAGUGUCUCCAGAAUCAAAGAAGAAGCACUUCAGCUUCACACAGAUCACAAAAACAAUGAUGGCGAACAAGGAAAACAGAAAGUAUUUGAAACAGUGGAAAUCAGCCCUCCGGGUCAGUCUAAAUUCAAACCUCUGCCUGAGCAAACAGUUGAAGAGAGGCCUGUUUCCCAAGACCAGCUAGCAGAAACAGAACAUCACACUGCAAAUGACCUCCUGUCUACAUCCUUAAAAGAUGAUUUUGUGUCAGAAUCAACAUCUGGAGGGAGGAGAAGAAAAUUGGGAUCUAACCGAAAGUCCCGUGGACAUCAGCGUAUAGAAGACAAAACAGGAGAGGGCACAAUAAUAGAUGAUCAAAGUGGGACAGAUGCCAGAAUUUCAGAGGUUGGAAAAUGUGAUAAGAAACCAUCAUCAGGCCUCUCAAAGAGUGAAGAGCACUCAGAGACUGUGAGUGAGAAGACUUCAGCCCAACCUUGUAAUGCUGGAAUCUUUCCUGUUAAAGAGAAUCAAACAUUUUCUCUGGUUGGUAAUCCGGGAGUGGUAGACCCCAAAUCAAAGCGCUACAAUGUGGUAAUGAUUGGAGACAGCAGUGUGGGAAAGACCUCCUUCAUGAAAAGAGCUCAAAGUGGGAAGUUUUCUUUAGAUAUACCUUCCUCAAUCGGCCUGGAUUCGCUGAUGUGGCCUGUUGUAAUAGAUGGAAAGCCUAUGAUACUACAGCUAUGGGACACAGCAGGUCAAGAAAGGUUUCACAGUAUCACCAAACAGGUCUUCCACAAAGCCCAGGCCUUUCUCUUGAUGUAUGACAUCACCUCCACCAAUAGUUUUUCCGCAGUCAGUUACUGGGCAAACUGUAUUCAGGAGUCUGCUGCUGAAAAUGUGACUGUUUUGCUUCUUGGAAACAAGAGCGACUGCUCAGAACGACGGGUUAAAACUCAUCAGGGGGAAAUUCUUGCUAAGGAAUAUGACUUUGAGUUCAUGGAGUGCAGUGCUGCCACGGGUGAAAACGUGAUCCAGUCUUUGGAAGUUGUAGCCAGGAAGCUGAGUCAAAGAAUUGACUCAAGAGAAGAAGCCACAGUGUUGCACAAAGAGCCAGAACAGAAAAAAAACUCAAGAUGUUGCUGAACAAAUGUGUUUGUCUUAAAAAAAAAAAGAAAGAAAAAAAAACAAGUGGUGAAAUCCUGAAAACAAGAACACGCUGUACUCAUCUGGCUUUCUUGUAACUCAGUGCAUUAUAUUUUAUUAUUUGUACUACAUGCCUGCAUAUUUUCAGUGUUGUUAUAUUUAGAUAUAAAAUUAUUUCUUCAAAGGCCUUAUAUUAGAAUAUUAGUUUAUAGUUAGUAGUGACCAAAGUUAUAUAGUUCAGAAAGUGAAGGCUUUUUCAGUGUUUGCUUAAUAGCUAUCCAAUAAUUUAAUGCAUAUACAAGCUUACUGUAUUUAAUUAUAUUUGCACCGUGUGUUUUAUCUUGCAAUAUAACAAUUUUUGUGCAAUAUUGUGCAACUUCAAAUAAUUUCAAAUCACACGAUUGACAUUUUUCCAGAUGAAGCUCUAACAACUAAAAUCACAAGUUUAAGAUUUUAUGUGCAAUUUCACAAAGUUCAUCUCUGUUGUUGUACAUCGACUAAAUGUUUAGUCUACACCCUCUUCACUUUAUGGAUUUACUAUACUGAAAUUUAAUGUAAAUGUGUAUAUAGUAUGAUUAAUUUAAACAGGAGAAUACCCCAUUCAGAUAUUACCAGAGAUCAAGAUGUGACCGAGAGCAAAUCUAGUACAGUGGUAAAUAAUUAUUAUAGUAAAUAUAUAUUAAACAUAAUUAUACUUGCUUUUUUGUGAUUUUGUUUAGCCUUUCUUCUAAGUUGGCAUUCAUCUUAAUUCAGUCAUCACAACUGUCAGAUCUGACACAUAAUUAUGAAUAAACAUUACUCCCCUAUAAUUAUAGUGCCAGGGACAUGAUCAGCAGAUAUAUAUGCAAAUGUAUUUUUAUGUUCCCGUGCAUUUCCUUUGUGACCAAGUACCUUUAAACCAAUUGUUUUAAUGGCGUGUCGCAUGAUUAAUAAAUCUCCAGAUAAACGUC